UCUAACCCGCUCUUGUUUGCCAUGCAGGUGUACGUGAUGCUUGCCAUUCACGCACUUGCCUCUGCUUCACUGGGCACAGUGCCUCACAGACCAGCAGCCUGCGAGCCUUUGUGGCUCGAAAUCAGCGCGGAUACGCCUACCCAAUGCGGCUUCAACAUCGAUGCACUGGCCUGUCAAGCGGCGCCCCCGCCCGAGGAACUAUGGAUUCAGCAGCCACUGGUAGCCCAAUCUUCAUCAGCAUCACCAACAGCUAUAACACCGGAACAUACCCGCGCGGCGCGCUGUGGGCUCUGUGGCUACGCCACGGAACAGUCAUCUAACCCGCUCCUGUUUGCCAUGCAGGUGUACGUGAUGCUUGCCAUUCACGCACUUGCCUCUGCUUCACUGGGCACAGUGCCUCACAGACCAGCAGCCUGUGAGCCUUUGUGGCUCGAAAUCAGCGCGGAUACGCCUACCCAAUGCGGCUUCAACAUCGACGCACUGGCCUGUCAAGCGGCGCCCCCGCCCGAGGAACUAUGGAUUCAGCAGCCACUGGCAGCCCAAUCUUCAUCAGCAUCACCAACAGCUAUAAAACCGGAACAUCCCCGCGCGGCGCGCUGUGGGCUCGGUGGCUACGCCACGGAACAGUCAUCUAACCCGCUCCUGUUUGCCAUGCAGGUUGGUAGAAAAAGCUCUUUGUUUUCAAAAAAAUCAAGUAAUUACUGUCUGGUCCAGCUGCCGAGCCCGAAGUACUGUGUAUGCCUUGCUUUUGAAUGUCUCGAUACCAUUCACUGUUUAUUACUGCUACUGUCAGGGGACAUAGAAACCAACCCAGGGCCUACUGAUCCUGUAAUUCUUGCUGAGCUGAAAAAAAUAUCUACCGGGCAGUCUGCACUCCUUUCCGAAGUGCAAGACUUAAAAGUGCAACUGCAUACUACGGAAAAAACUAUUUGUGGCCUAAGUGAUAGAAUAGCACAGUUGGAGGAGCACUACAAAACCCUUUCAACUGUGCAAUCAGAACUAGUGACAUUACAUACGAGUACGGCUGCCACCAGCCGUCACAUUGAAACUUUAGAGGCUCGGUUUGAGGACGCUGAAAAUCGCUCGCGACGCAACAACCUGCUAUUCUACGGACUUCCAGAUACUAACCACUCUGAAACUUUCUCGGAAUCGGAAGGAUUAAUUAUGAACCUCUGCAGUGAGCACUUAAACAUAAAAAUUGACCCGAAGGAAAUUGAAAGGGCGCAUCGGCUCGGCCGCUACAAGGCUGGCCUGCAGCGUCCUAUCAUAGUAAGAUUUACAUCUUUUAAAACUAAAGAAGUGAUCCUUUCUAACGGCAAAAAACUGAAAGGUACAACUUACGCAAUCAGGCAGAAUUUCUCACGUUCGGUCCAAAAUGCACGAAAACACCUUAUAGCCUUCGCUAGAAACAAGUCGACCGCUUUUUCAUGCCCUUACAAAACGUUGUUUCUUGGCUCAAAGCGGUAUGCCUUCGAUGAAGUAUCGCAAACAGUCAAAGAAAUCCCAUAGCAAACCAGGCAGUAUAGCCAACUGCCACACCGCCCCCGUAAUGACGCCCGAGCAAAUAUCACUACUUCCGUGGUCUACACUAACGUGCGCAGCUUUCUUUCAAAACACGAGGAAAUAUGUAGUCUUGUCUCGUCAUAUAGCAGCAAUAUAGUCGUGCUCACCGAAACGUGGCUUUCUGGUGACGUCACAGAUGACGAAAUCCUGACCGAUCUCCCGAA